AUGCAUUUUCUUGGAUCGUUCUUGCCUGUGUUUAUUGUUACCUAUGUGAAUUUGAUUGGCUUUGCUCGUAUGCAAACUCAAUCAUUUACAAUACAAUGGGAAAAUUUCAGUUUAUUUACAUGUAUGGCCCCUUCUACCAUACAAGUACCACUUUUUUCAUGUGUUUCGCCUUCUUACCAACAAAUGGACGAUAUGACGUGUUUGCAAGCGACAACAGUCGAUUUCGACGGGUAUACUUGUCAAUCUACUACGACAACAUUAAGUUCAACAAGCGCGUCUUCAUCGUCAGCAACUACGAACGGUACUAUCACUAUUACCAAAAGCAAUAGCAGCAGUACCAAUGCACCGGUCGGCAGCAAUAGUACCAAUGCACCGGUCGGCAGCAAUAGUACCAAUGCACCCGUAGGCAGCAAUAGUACCAAUGCACCGGUCGGCAGCAAUAGUACCAAUGCACCCGUAGGCAGCAAUAGUACCAAUGCACCCGUAGGCAGCAAUAGUACCAAUGCACCGGUCGGCAGCAAUAGUACCAAUGCACCCGUAGGCAGCAAUAGUACCAAUGCACCCGUAGGCAGCAAUAGUACCAAUGCACCGGUCGGCAGCAAUAGUACCAAUGCACCCGUAGGCAGCAAUAGUACCAAUGCACCCGUAGGCAGCAAUAGUACCAAUGCACCGGUCGGCAGCAAUAGUACCAAUGCACCCGUCGGCAGCAAUAGUACCAAUGCACCCGUAGGCAGCAAUAGUACCAAUGCACCGGUCGGCAGCAAUAGUACCAAUGCACCCGUAGGCAGCAAUAGUACCAAUGCACCGGUCGGCAGCAAUAGUACUAAUGCACCAACAAGCAGCAACAGCAGUAGCACCAAUGCACCGGUAGGCAGCAAUAGCACUAAUGCACCGGUAGGCAGCAAUAGUACUAACGCACCAGUAGGCAGCAAUAGCACCAAUGCACCAGUAGGCAGCAAUAGUACUCAUGCACCAACAAGCAGCAACAGCAGUAGCACCAAUGCACCAUCAAGCAGUAAUAGCAGCAGCACCAAUGCACCGGUAAGCAGCAAUAGUACUAAUGCACCAGUAGGCAGCAAUAGUACUCAUGCACCAUCAAGCAGCAAUAGCAGCAGCACCAAUGCACCAGUAGGCAGCAGCAGCACCAAUGUACCAGUAGGCAGCAAUAGUACUAAUGCACCAACAAGCAGCAAUAGUACUAAUGCACCGGUAAGCAGCAAUAGUACUAAUGCACCGGUAAGCAGCAAUAGUACUAAUGCACCAGUAGGCAGCAAUAGUACUCAUGCACCAUCAAGCAGUAAUAGCAGCAGCACCAAUGCACCAGUAGGCAGCAGCAGCACCAAUGUACCAGUAGGCAGCAAUAGUACUAAUGCACCGGUAAGCAGCAAUAGUACUAAUGCACCAGUAGGCAGCAAUAGCACCAAUGCACCAGUAGGCAGCAAUAGUACUAAUGCACCGGUAAGCAGCAAUAGUACUAAUGCACCAGUAGGCAGCAAUAGCACCAACGCACCAGCAAGCAGCAGUAGUACUAAUGCACCAACAAGCAGCAACAGCAGCAGCACCAAUGCACCAGCAAGCAGCAGAAGUACCAACGCGCCAUCAAGCAGUAAUAGCAGCAGUACCAGUGCACCAUCAAGCACUUCGAAUAUAACAAGACCUACUGGAUCAAGUCCAUUUUAUUGCCCAGGAAACAGUAUAGGGGCAUACUGUAACGUCACUGCUGAUGCUUGUAGUAUGGCACAACCAUGUCUUAAUGCUGCAACAUGUUUUCCAGAUUCUACCAUACCUAUAGGGUACUCAUGCGCUUGCCAAGCAGGCUAUACAGGUUCUACGUGUGAAAAUGAUGAAAGAAUAUGCAAAGAGAACACAUGCUGGAACGACGGAACUUGUAUCGAAAUUAAUUCGACCAUAGCUGGAGAUAAUGCAACAACUUUCUUCUGUGAAUGCGAGAAAGCGUUUAUGGGCACUCAUUGUGAACUGAAACUUGAUUUAUGCGCAAAUAUAAGUUGUAAAAACAACGGAAUAUGUAAAACGAUUGAUGUGGCUUGGAAGUGCAUAUGUUUAGAUCCCACACUUUAUUAUGGUAAUUUUUGUGAACAUCAAAGCAAUGCAUUAGAAGUAAAAAAAGCUUUAACAAAAUCCUUUGCAAGUGUUGCCAUAACUGCUCUUGUUUUAACAUGCUCAUUUGUAAUAAUAAUGGAUGUUCUGAAAUAUUUUUUCCAUAUUGAUCCAGCUAAGGAAGCACGUAUGAAACGUGCUAAAGCAAAGCAAAAAGCGCCUAAACGGAAACCUGGAGCACCGAAAGUUGCAGUUCGAUUUCAAUACGUUUCGUAA